AUGGACACAGGACUCAGGAACACACAGGGAUUAAAUUCAGGAACUAAAUUGGGAACACCUGGAAACAAGGAACAUAAUCAAACACAGGAGAAACUGGGUCAUGGGGAGCACAUGGGGAGCAAAACACAAGACGUGGAACACAGGGGCACUGCUGACUCAGCUCCCGCGCGCCAAUUCAGUGCUGCGCUACCGCGUGGCCUGCCACCCGCUAGCGGGGCUCGGACUGUAGUCCGCACAGUCACAGCCUCCGAUGGUGACACAGGGUCUAAUGCCGAUCUCCGCUACGCUCUGGUAGGCGGAAACCCUUUUCGUCUGUUUGAGAUUGGCUCUAGUAGUGGGGUCAUAACCUUGGCAGAGCCCCUAGAGAGAAGACACAGGGGUCUGCACCGCUUAGUGGUCCGGGUCAAUGACAGUGGCAUGCCUUCCCUUUGUGCCACAGCACUGGUGCAUGUCUUCAUCAAUGAGAGCUUGGCCAAUGCUACGCUGGUGGAUACACAGGUGGCCCGCAGCCUUGCAGUCCCCCUCUAUAUGGAUAUUGCAGGUGACCCAGACAGUGAGAGAGCUUUGGGUAAACAACGCCUGAGCGUUGCCAUCGGUGUCCUGGCUGGUGCUGCCGCCGUUAUUCUGGUGAUCCUUCUGGUUGUGACAGCUCGACAGUGUGGGGCACAGGGUAAGAACGGCUAUGAGGCUGGGAAGAAGGAGCCAGAAGAGGACUUUUUCAGUCCACAGCCUCCCCCUCUACAAGCCCAGGGCUCCCAAAAUGAACGUGGGCGCAAACCACGCAGAGACAAGCGUAAUAACGGUACUGCCAAAUCUGAGCGUUCUUUAUACAGUGGAAUUAUGACGGUGAAUGGUUGCAGACAUGGGGGAGGUGAUGAAGAAGAGGAGGAUGAAGAGGCCAGCAGUGCCAGCGAGAGGAUUGCAGCACGUUAUUGUGCAGCAGCUAACGGAGACACCAGCAGUCCAAGACUUGGCUCGAGACAUCACCAGUCAAGCCCAGAUUUGGCCCGCCACUACAAGUCCAGCUCACCUUUGCCUGCAGUGCACCUUCAGCCCAACUCACCACCCGUGGAAGGCAAGAAGCACCAGGCUGUGCAGGAACUGCCCCCCACUAACACCUUCACUGGCAAUGGCAACGGUAAUGCAGACGCCAUGUCACUCAGCUCAGACCAAUGCUCCGAUUACGGCUGCCAAACUGUCAAGUACAGCAAACAGCCCCUCAGAAGAGUGACAUUUUCUGUGGUGAGUCAGACACCUGAUCAAUGCUGCUAUGAUAGUGGAGUGGAGGACUCUGAGACCCCCAGUAGCAAGAGCUCCUCUGGACCCAGACUGGGAUCUUUACCGCUGCCUGAGGACGGAUAUGAAAGGACGACACCAGAAGGGAGCGUAGGCGAGGAGGAGCAUGUGGAAAAUGACCCCAGGCAGCUCCCUGACGUGGCUCUGACAGGAAAGUGCACACAAGAGUGUGAUGAGUUUGGUCACUCUGACACCUGCUGGAUGCCCGUGCAACUAUCACCACGGAGACGCAUGGAACCACCCCAACUCUCCACCUUCGCCUCGCCCGGCGAUAACAACAACAACACAGAAGACGACAGCGACCGAGAGGAAGACGGAGACGGAGGUACGGAUAAGAGCAGCGGAGGAAGCGAGGAGGUCCGGGAUUCGCUUGCAAACGGAGAUCCGCUCGGAACGCUCAGCCUUCGGGACCGGAACAGGAACAUGGGCGAUCACAACCGUAAUCUCCUGAACCGGAAGAUGACCUCGGCAUCCUACGACACAUUCAGCAGUGCCAGCUUUGGCCGCCGUUCGGAUGAAGAAGACUCACACCCCCCAGAGGUCAUUCCACUUACGAGGACGGGGGGCGACUAUAAGACCACCUCGUGCCUCACUCUGUCUCGCAGGGAAGUGUACCUGUGAGCUGCAGCCAGCCCUCAGAGCAACUUCACUGCACCAGAGCAGGAGGAUCAUUUAGAUACUAGCCUAUACCUGUUCAAAACAGGCGUCUUCUCCUUGCCAAAAAUUCAUCAUCAGUUCAUUACACUAGAUGCAAAAUAUAAAAGUUGAGGAGAAAAAGUGAAGCAUCUUUUAUUCUUUCAUAAACUUGGAUAGACUUGUCAAUGGCAAAUGCUUGCAUGUUAGGCCUCCCACAGACAGCGGGUGAUGUGGGGACUGAUGGACAAAAUCCAGUCACGGACCACAUAAAUGGAUGCUCAUUUCAUCCGAUCAUGGCACAUCAUGAAAAUACAACCAUGUAGCAUCAGGAAAAAGGAAUUCCUAACCAAUCAUAGGGCGACAGCGUCAACUAAAUAUUUUAAUCUAACUAGUUUCCUGUCGCUGAGCCAGUAUGGUUAUUUAAUUACAGCCACAUGGUAAACACUAGACAUGUAAAUGCUUUCAUCACAGACUUUUAGAGA